GUCUGCGAUUCAGUCUCUUCAGAACGAAACGCCGUCUCAAGCGACGCAUGACUCGCUAAAUGAACCUAUCUCCAGUGCCCCCUUUCCACAUUCCCCUAUAUUGGCAACCAUGUUACUCUAUCGCUAUCAUUGCGCGCGUACUCCACGCCGGCACCAUCCUGACGCCUAUCGUUUGUAUAUGCCAUAUCUUCAGCGCCAGGGCUUUAUCGGCAGGGGUGUGCCUGCGUAUACGGUCUGUGCCAUGCUUGGCGUCCAGUAUAUCCCCGAUUUCUACUUGCCGCGUACAUGCAUACACUUUUCUCGUCUUUGCCUUUAUCACCGCAGACGCCACUCUUGCCGUCUUGGAACGGCUCCCCUCCUCGUCAGCUCCGCUCGACUGCUGGAGCUAAACGCAGAUCCACAUGGUCGUCGUGGCCAUACAGUGUCUCAUUCCUAUUUCGUUCUCGGUUUUAUAUUCUUCAUGGGCUUUUCUUGCCAUGGUUUUCAAUUCACAAUCAUCUUGCAUGGACUUUCUCACAUUUCAUCGCUUCGCUCUCGGAUCGUGCAUGCAUUGCUUUCUCGGCUCGGGUUUUUCCUUUUCUGUUUAUUCGCGGCGCAACAUGCACAAUGAUUACUGUUCUUUACAGGCCUUCCUUCUUCGCCUUCUUUUAUAUGUAUUUUCAUUAUAGACUUCGUCUUUUUGUUCCCUGGCGGGACUCGAGACGGGUCACACGAGGUUAGUUGGACGCA